UUUGCCCGCGUAAGGUGUCAGUGUUUCCUACUCCGUUCUUUAGAACGGUUCCUGGCGUCAUUCAUUAUCGUCGUCGUCUCCUUCGCUGUCGUCAUUGUUCCUGAACAUCGGAAUCUAGUCGAAAUCGUGAAUUGAGAACAUCUCGAUAACGAUGGCAUUGCAUGAAUCCACAAAAGAAAACAUUCGCAAGCACCUAGAGGAUGUAUCGUUACACACAUCACCAAAGAAAUCAUGCAUUUCUCCAAUUAUAUCUCAGGAUCACGGUUUGAAAAAUGGGGUACAAUUAAAGGAGGACUUUAAUCCAAAACUGGAGCCACUGCUUCAGGAAGGCCCAAACCGUUUUGUAAUUUUCCCUAUUCAGUAUCCUGAUAUCUGGGACAUGUAUAAAAAGGCUGUAGCCUCUUUUUGGACCAUAGAAGAAGUACCCCUUCACAAGCAAGACAAGAAGGACUGGAAUGAAAAACUAAAUUCCGAUGAGAAACGUUUUAUCUCUCAUGUUUUAGCAUUUUUUGCCGCUUCCGAUGGUAUCGUUAAUGAGAAUCUAAUUGAGAGAUUCAGCCAAGAAGUGAAAAUUUCCGAAGCACGUUGUUUCUAUGGCUUUCAAAUUGCCAUAGAAAAUAUUCAUUCUGAGAUGUAUUCUUUGCUCAUUGAAACUUAUAUUUCUGAUCCAAAAGAAAAAGAUUUCUUAUUUAAUGCGAUUGAGACACUUCCUUGUGUCAAGAAGAAGGCUAAUUGGGCAUUAAACUGGAUCAAUCAUGAGAGCGCUACGUUUCCCGAACGUGUAGUCGCAUUUGCGGCAGUUGAGGGUAUCUUCUUCAGUGGCAGUUUCGCAGCCAUUUUUUGGCUAAAGAAACGAGGAGUCAUGCCAGGUCUCACCUUCAGCAACGAACUUAUCUCACGAGACGAAGGAUUACAUUGCGAUUUCGCCUGUUUGAUGUUUAAACACAUCGUACAAAAGCCAUCGUUUGAGCGUGUGAAAUCAAUUGUAAUGGACGCCGUAGAAAUUGAAAAGGAAUUUUUGACGCAAGCAUUGCCGGUUGAACUAAUAGGAAUGAAUCGCACAUUCAUGUGUAAUUACAUCGAAUUUGUUGCAGACAGAUUAUUCGUUGCAUUAGGAUUUGAAAAGGUUUACAAUUCGGAGAAUCCGUUCUCUUUCAUGGAUUUUAUUUCUAUGAUGGGUAAGACAAAUUUCUUUGAGAAAAAAGUAGGCGAGUACAAGAAGUUCGGAGUCAUGGAGGAAGAUUCUAAAAAGAAGAGCACGUCAGGUGUGCUGUUUGGUGCAAAGUUUUAAUGUAAAAGAUUUGAAUAUACAAAUAAUAUAAAACGAAUAAAGAAUGUACUCCUCGAGGGAGAGAAAGGAUAUAUUGGUAAUUCCGCGACUUUGAAAUAAUUUUAUAAUAAUGAUAAAC